AUGCGACUAAAGCCGGCGAGCUGCAAUCGAUUGUGUGUCUCGCUCGUCUGGGGUCUUGCGCUACUGGGACGUCAUGGCUCGGCCGCUCAGCCGGGUCGCGAAGCGCAGGCCGCCGCCGCCGCGGCGAUAGGAUCAUGCGAAGCGAGGACCAUCAACUACAUAACGCAUACCCUGCCCCAGCAGUGCCUGCGCACCUCUUGGUCCAGCGCCGCCAACGACGGGGCGGCAGCUGCGGGAGGACCGAUCGUCACGUCUACCACGGGCGAACCGACAGCGAUCCCUGAAACGGAUGAGCAGAACAAUGAACAGAAAACGGAUGAUGAUCCGGGUCACACAGACGACGGACAGGAUCAGGAGCUGGCCACCAGCUCCUUCAUGUCCUUUGAGGAGUGGAAAGAGCUUCAGUUGAGGAAGGCAGAGCAGGAAGCCGGCGAUCCCAAGGCACGGAACAAAGAUGACGGUUCAGGCCAGCAACAGCAGCAUGAAGUGGAAGGAGGUCGAGACGAGGGAGAUACAAACCUGGAUUUUGACGCCUUGUCCGAGAAGGUCUCUGAAAUUACGGCUUCGGGAACCGGGCCUACAGGCGAGGCUGCGGGUAAGCGGCAGGAGCUACAAAAGCAACAGCAAGACAAAAAAGGUGAGGAUGUUGCCAUAUACGAGGGCGGUGACUCGACAGCCCAGUACGUCCGCAGCAAAGACGCAGGCAAGACGUGCAAGGAACGGUUCUCAUACGCCUCCUUUGACGCCGGCGCAACGGUUCUCAAGACUGGCCCGCGCGCUAAGAACGCAAAGGCUAUCUUGGUCGAGAACAAGGACUCGUACAUGUUGCUCGAGUGCGCUCAGCCGAACAAGUUCGUCAUCAUCGAGCUGAGCGACGACGUCCUGGUCGACACCGUCGUCAUUGCCAACUUUGAAUUUUUCUCCAGCAUGAUCCGCACGUUCCGCGUCAGCGUGAGCGACCGCUACCCCGUCAAGCUGGAGAAGUGGAAGGUCAUUGGAACCUUCGAGGCCCGCAACCAAAGGGAUAUCCAGGCCUUCUUGGUCGAGCACCCCCAGAUCUGGGCCAAGUAUAUCCGUAUCGAGUUUUUGAACCACUAUGGCAGCGAGUUCUACUGUCCCAUUUCGCUGGUGCGCGUGCACGGCACCCGCAUGAUGGACUCAUGGAAGGAGGUCGAGGGCGGCCGUGAUGACGAUGACGAGGUCAUUGAUCAAGGCAUGCCGACUGUUUCUCAGGAGCCAGUCGAGCCUCAACCACCAGCCGAGGAGCCAAGUUCCCCCGAGCCGGUGGCUGCGGACAAAGCAACCAGUGCCCCUCCAGUCGUGACUGAAAUGGGUCUCACACCAUGGGAACCCAUAUUCCGCGAAAUUCCCUCACCUGAGAUGUGCGAGAUGCCAGCACCAACGACCACAGAUUAUGGCCCAGCUGGCCAGUCUUCAGUAGUCUCUGGACCCGAUACGCAGCCUCUGCAUGACGGAAGGCCACAUGAUUCUGUGGAUGGGAGCCGAUCAACAGCCCAAGACCCAGUCUCAUCAUUGACGUCCGCCAUUCAUACUCUCAAAGGGACCGAUGAGCCUCGAGGAAAUGUCACAAUGGCUGAUCCGGCGGCUUCCACUUACAAUACCGAGAACUUAGUAUCACCAUCACCGCUUGCAUCGACCGAAUCCCCGUCAGGAGCCAAGGACUCUGCAUCUACAUCAUCAAUCUCCAUACAGGCUUCCUCCUCCAAAUCCGUCAACAACAGCAGUAAGCACAAAACGUUGGUAUCUAAACCUUCCUCGGCUUCGGUCAAACCCCCGACGCCCAAGCCGUCAAGCACAGUGCCUUCGUCAGCUAGGAACAGAACAGGCACCAAUACCAACAACGCACCGCCAGCGUCUCCAACCGUACAGGAAUCCUUCUUCAAGACGGUCGCCAAGCGUCUGCAGCUGCUCGAGUCCAACACCUCACUCUCGAUGCAGUACAUCGAGGAUCAGUCCCGCUUCCUCCAGGACGCCCUCGCCAAGAUGGAACGCAAGCAGAUCUCGCGGGUCGACACCUUCCUCGACACCCUCAACCGCACCGUUCUGGCCGAGCUCCGCUCAGUCCGUUCCCAAUACGACCAGAUCUGGCAGAGCACCGUCAUCGCCCUCGAGUCGCAGCGCGACCAAUCCCAGCGCGAGAUCGUCGCCCUCAGUGAUAGACUCAGCGUCCUAGCAGAGGAGGUCGUUUUUCAGAAACGCAUGGCCAUCCUGCAGUCCAUCCUGCUGCUCGCCUGCCUGGUCCUCAUCAUAUUCUCCCGCGCGUUCGGCGGUGCCGCAUCGACCGUCACCUUUUCCGGGACCCCGCGUCACUCGCGCUGGGCAUUCGCCAUGCCCAUGUCUCCCCCUCCUUCCGCCGGCCCGCCUACCGGCAGAGGGUACGGACCGGGCUCGCCAUCGCCCUCGCCCUCGCCAUCUAGGCUCGGCAGCAUUGCACCACGGUCGCCGCCAGAAGACGACGACCGGCUGGCUGCCCUCGAUACCCGUCAUCGGUACGCCGACAAGACUCUACCCCUAACGCCGACGUCCGAGUACGACGCUGGCGGGCGGGAAAGUACUCCCGCCAUUCACGUGGUCGACGAAACGGGCGAGCCCAGCUAUUUUGACGACACCGCCAGCUUCUCUUUGCCCCAACGGCUGGGCAGUGAGGCAAGCGAUGCCACCCCUGAGCUUGGUUACGGCAGUGAUACACAAGUGGAAUCUGCCGACCAAGCACCCAUUUCCUCGGAACCUGCCGAUGAGGGGAAUGCCUCUCGUCACGAGCAGGCCAAAUACCCGCCCAGGGUUGACGAAAGCGAUGGCUUUGAGGCCAGCGCUGCCGAUAAAGAAAUAGAGGGAUCCGGUCCUCCUUUAACAAGAACCACCCUACCUGACUUUGGAGAUGGGCGAAAGCCGCUUCCUGCUCUGCCUGAAAGCCCAUGA